AUGGUGGAGCUGCGUAGGGUGGGCGCCGCCAGUGCCAGAGAUGAUGCCGGCAGAGCUAAAGAGCAGAAAAACAACGAGAAAAUGACGCCAACAAUGACCAAAAUGGCGCCAACGGCGCUCGGCACGGUCAUGGAUCAAUUUUUGGCGAUUUUUGAUGUUCUAAAAGGCUCCCAAGUUGCUGCAAUAUCAAGGAAGCUGGACCAAUCUAGAAUGAACCAACCUCAAUUUACUCCACUUGAUGAGUGUGGACAUUCAAUAGUGUUCCCAGAUAGAACCUGGAAGGUUACUAAAGAAGCUUUGGCACUAGCUCGGGAAAGCACAACAAAGUUGUGGCAUUGCAGACUUGGCCACAUAACUCAGAAGAGUAUUAAAGAACUUUUGUUUAGAGGCGUGUUACCAGAACUGAAGACUUGGAAGGUCAUGAUUGAGAUAAAGAUAGACUUAAAGCUAAAAUUUCUGAGGUUUGAUAAUUGUGGUGUGUAUAUUGAUGGUGGGUUCAAGAAGUAUUGUGUAGCUCAAGGCAUCAGAAUGAAGAAAACCAUCCCAGGGACACAACAACAAAAUGGUGUUGCAGAGUGCAUGAAGAAGACCAUUCAUGAGCAGGACAGAAGCAUGAGAUUGCACGUCAGACCACCACCUACUUUCUGGGCAGAAGUGAGAAGCUAUGGGGAGGCAAGGAGCGGAGAGGUGAUCUUGAAAUCUUACGAUAUGAAGGAGGAAGUUGGUGAGAUGAAUCAAAAGGACAAGCACAAAGUGCCAUUUUACAUGUUGUUCUCAUUUGCUGAUACUACAGACAUAUUUCUAAUGAUUCUGGGGACUGUUGGAGCGCUGGGAAAUGGAGCUGCUUUUCCUAUCAUGACAAUUCUAUUCGGAAAGAUAAUACAGGCGUUUGCAGGAGCUGAACAAAAUAAUGCCGUUACUCCAAUGGUUUCAAAGAUAACUCUCGAGUAUAUCUAUUUAGCAAUUGGCUCAGGAGUGGCAUCUUUUCUCCAGGUGGCAUGCUGGAUGGCUACUGGUGAGAGACAAGCAGCAAAAAUAAGGAACUUGUACCUUAAAACUAUAUUAAGGCAAGAAAUAGCUUUCUUUGACAAGGAAACCAACACAGGAGAAGUUGUUGAAAGAAUGUCAGGCGAUACUGUUCUAAUACAAGAUGCCAUGGGUGAGAAGGUCGGUAAAUGCAUUCAGCUAAUGUCAACAUUUUUUGGGAGUUUUAUAGUAGCGUUUGUGCAAGGAUGGCUUCUAUCCCUCAUGAUGCUCUCUAUAAUUCCACUCUACAUGAUUUCUGGUGGAAUAAUGUCUACAUUUCUAUCAAAGAUGGCAUCGAAGGGCCAGACUGCCUAUGGUGAAGCAGCAGUGGUCGUAGAGCAAUCAAUUGACUUAAUCAGAACCGUAGCAUCUUUCACUGGGGAGAAGCUUUCAGUGACGAAAUACAGUAAUGCACUAAGAAAUGCCUAUGCUUCCUGUGUUCGUGCAGGACUGGCUGCUGGACUGGGCAUUGGCUCUCUUGUUCUCCUCAUGUUCUGCGGGUACUCAAGUUCUGGGCACUCAUGGGGUAUAUGGAAUGGGGCAAAGCUAAUAUUAGACAAAAACAAAGGGUACACUGGUGCGGACGUCAUUAACAUUGUUUUUGCAAUCCUGACUGGUUUCGCUUCUCUAGGUGAGGCAUCUCCAUGCUUUUCAGCAUUGGCAGCAGGACAAGUUGCAGCAUACAAAAUUUUUAAAACGAUCGACAGAAAACCAGAGAUUGAUGCUUAUGAUACAACUGGUAAGAAAUUGAAUGACAUUCGAGGAGAUAUUGAAUUCAGAGAUAUACAUUUCAGCUACCCUGCAAGACCAGAUGAACAGAUAUUUAGAGGAUUCUCACUUUUAAUUGAGAGCGGCACAACUGUAGCACUAGUUGGAGAGAGCGGGAGUGGCAAGUCCACAGUGAUUAGCUUAAUUGAAAGGUUUUACGACCCGCAAGCUGGUGAGGUUCUUAUUGAUGGAAUAAAUAUUAAGGAGUUCCAGCUUAUGUGGCUCAGGGGUAACAUUGGGCUAGUGAGCCAGGAGCCUGUUCUUUUUGCCUCCAGUAUUCAAGAUAACAUCUCUUACGGCAAGGAUGAUGCAACAACUGAAGAGAUUAGACUUGCCGUUGAACUAGCUAAUGCUUCAAAAUUCAUUGGCAUGAUGCCCGAGGGACUGGAUACCAUGGUCGGAGAGCAUGGAAUUCAACUAUCUGGGGGCCAGAAACAAAGAAUUGCGAUUGCUCGAGCUAUUCUAAAGAAUCCAAAAAUAUUAUUGCUUGAUGAAGCAACUAGUGCUCUUGAUGCAAAAUCUGAAAGAAUUGUACAGGAAGCAUUGGAUAAAGUCAUGAAGAACCGUACGACUGUUGUAGUUGCUCAUCGUUUGAGCACAGUGAGAAAUGCGGAAUCUAUUGCUGUUAUGUCGGGUUCCAUUGUUGAAAAAGGUUCGCAUGAGGAGCUUGUAAAGGAUCCAAAUGGCGCUUAUAGCCAGCUUAUUCGUAUGCAGCAAAUGAGAGAAAACUCCAAUCUAUUAACUCAACCUGCUAAUGGCAAAGCAAAGUCUUACUCUGCUGAUGGAUCCAGCCGUUCUCGUCAUCACUCCAUUAGCGGACAAUUUUCUUCAGGGCACAGCAGUCAAUCCUACUCAUUCUCCAGGGGACUGGGACUCUCUAUUGAAAGUGCAUCAGGGCACCAAAACGAACAGCAGAAUCCAGAAAAACGAAAGGAAGUUCCUCUCAGUCGCCUUGCCAGCUUAAACAAGCCAGAGAUCCCACUAUUGCUGCUUGGUUCGUUAUUUGCAAUAGUUAGUGGGCUUGUCUUUCCAAUUUUUGGAUUAUUACUAUCCAGUGUUAUAAAAAGUUUGUAUCAACCUCCAAAUAAGCUCAUGAAGGAGACUGAAUUUUGGUCCCUAAUAUUCCUAUUAUUCGGAAUCAUUUCUAUGGUGGCAAUUGCAGCAAGUUCAUACUUCUUUGGAGUUGCUGGAUCCAGAUUGAUAAGAAGGAUUAGAUUGAUGACAUUUGAAAAGAUUGUUAACAUGGAGAUAGCAUGGUUUGAUGAUCCUGAGAACUCCACCGGAGCAAUUGGUGCAAGAUUGUCAUCAGAUGCAGCUACGGUUAGAAGUCUGGUUGGAGAUGCCCUCUCACUGAUUGUUAAGAAUAUCACCACCAUAAUUGCUGGUUUGGCAAUUGCUUUUAAUGCCAAUUGGCAACUCUCUCUUAUCUUUUUGGCAAUGAUACCCCUCCUUGGUCUCACUGGAUUUAUCCAAAUGAAGUCCAUGAAGGGAUUUAAAAAUGAAGCAAAGGUGUGUCUCUAUAGAUUAUAUGAGGGAGCAAGCCAAGUUUCUAAUGAAGCGGUGGGAAACAUAAGGACAGUUGCUUCAUACUCAGCUGAAGGGAAGGUCAUGGAACUGUACAAGAAAAAGUGUGAAGGGCCUAUGAGAACAGGGAUAAAAAAAGGAGUCAUUAGUGGAAUUGGAUUUGGAGUUUCCAGUUUUUUGAUCUUUUGUGUUUAUGCAACUAAUUUUUUCGCUGCUUCAAUCCUACUUGAUGAUGGGAAGAUAACAUUUGACCACGUGUUUAUGGUAUUUUUUGCCAUAACAUUGGCAGCCUUAGGAAUUUCACAGUCAAGCAACCUAGGACCAGAUUCUGGCAAGGCCAAGGCUGCAGCUACUUCUGUGUUUGCAGUUUUAGACCUCAAAUCUAAAAUUGACCCAAGUGAAAAUUCUGGUGUGACUGCUGAAAAACUCAAAGGCCAUAUUAUUUUCACUCAUGUAAAUUUCAGUUAUCCCACAAGACCUGAUGUUAAGAUCUUUAAGGAUUUAUGCUUGUCUAUUCAAUCCGAAAAGACCUUAGCAUUGGUGGGAGAGAGUGGAUGCGGAAAAUCAACAGCAAUUGCACUAUUGCAAAGAUUUUAUGACCCUAAGUCUGGCCAUAUACUUUUAGAUGGAAUUGAGCUUAAAAAGUAUAAUCUAAGGUGGUUGAGGCAGCAGAUGGGUUUGGUGAGUCAAGAACCAGCAAUGUUUAAUGAUACAGUUAGAUCAAACAUUUCAUAUGGGAAGGAAAAGCGAGGAAUCCAGCUAUCUGGUGGUCAGAAACAAAGGGUAGCAAUAGCUCGUGCUAUAGUGAAAGAUCCAAAGAUUUUGCUCCUGGAUGAGGCUACUAGUGCACUUGAUGCAGAAUCUGAAAGAAUUGUUCAGGAUGCGUUGGACCGAGUGGUGGUCAGUCGGACAACUGUGGUGGUUGCUCAUCGACUCACUACUAUUAUGAACGCUGAUCUCAUUGCUGUUGUUAAAAAUGGGGUAAUCAUAGAGAAAGGAAAACAUGAUGAGCUGAUUUGUUUAAAGGAUGGAGCUUAUGCUUCUUUGGUAGCUUUAUAUUCAAGUGCAAACACCUCAUAA